AUGAACUCUGCCGUCUCCCGCAUCGCAUCACGGAGGUCAUUCUCCCUCCUCACGGCCGCCCGCUCCGCCGCGCGGUCUAUGGAAUCCCAUCCCUUCCAGCGCCCUUCCGCUGCACAAAAAUCCGCCAAGGCCGAUUGGGCCGGCGAGGGAAAACGUCUGGGCAAACAGCUGGCCAUAUUCGUCCCCGGCAUCUCCAUGCUACUGGGCUGGCCGUACCUUGCAAAGGUCGUUGCCGACGGCCACGUCUGA